UUGAAACCGGUUUGUGAGCGACCGGUGUGUCCGGGGAAGGAAAGCGGCUUGGCAGCUUUCGGAAAUACAGCGGGGUGUCGUGGAACUCGUCUCACGGCGACAAAUACAGGAGAAGCAACGAAAGCCUGAACCUGAUCUAGUGCUCCCCUAUUUCAGCCAGUCAGCAAGGGCAAGUGAAGUGGGAAGUGCUGCAUACCAUAAGUUGUUUUAUUUACAAAAGUGUUUUCCCCCUCGAGGCGCAACUUGAUGACGUAAUUUCUCUGAGCCCAGCAUCGUCAUGGUGGAAAGUAACGCUGAAGUGUCACUUAAUGACACUACUUUUUCUUUCGAGAGGGAAGCCACUGAAGUUUCUACGGCUAAGAACGUUUUUAUCCAAUUAUAAUAGUAGGUUGUUAGUUAUUAAGCCUGGUUACCUUCCUGUCGCUGUUGGACGAAAAGGAGAACAAUUUUGGACUUUGAUAUUCACGUGCAAAAUAAAAAAAAAAAAAAAAAAUAGAAAUUAAAACCAAAGUGAUUGAUUGGAUAUUUGUAGGAUGUGAGUUUGUGGACACUUGGCUGAAAACUGAAUUUAUCGGGUGGCAGUGCUGUGAGUCUCUCCGCUGGUGAUCGGUGGCCGGAGGCUGAUGACUGUCGACCACUGGCAGUGGUAGAAGAGAAAGGAAUUGAUCCUGUCCAAGAUAAAGGCAGAAGUACAGCCUGCAGGAAGGGCACUGGAGACUGACCCCAUGAUACACCAGAGCCCGGCGGUCCUGCAGGAUUCUGGAGAACCCCUCAGGAACAAAAUGGAGCUGGCACUAGCGCACCCAGCCCUUAAAGCCUUCAUGUGUGGCUCCCUCAGCGGCACGUGCUCGACCCUGCUCUUUCAGCCCCUGGACCUGGUCAAGACCCGUCUGCAGACCAUCCAGAAUAACAUGCUUCCAGGUUCGCCAAGGGUAGGGAUGGUGAAGGUGUUCAUCAAUGUCAUCCGUACAGAGAAAGUGUUUGGACUGUGGAAAGGAGUGUCGCCGUCAUUUGUGCGGUGCAUCCCAGGUGUGGGCAUCUACUUCAGCACCUUCUACUCUCUGAAGCAACACUUCUUCCCAGAACAUGCCCCCAACGCUGGCCAGGCUGUGUUACUGGGUGCAGGAGCACGGGCUGUGGCUGGGGUCUGCAUGCUGCCUGUCACAGUCAUCAAGACUCGCUUUGAGAGCGGCCAAUACGACUACAGGAGCGUGUUUGGAGCACUGCGUAGCGUAUAUAAAUUGGAGGGACCCAGGGCCCUCUUCUCUGGGCUGACUGCCACCUUGCUCAGAGAUGCCCCUUUCUCUGGAAUUUACGUAAUGUUCUAUAGCCAGACCAAGAAGUCUCUACCCCAGGAAGUGACCUCAUCUGCUUACGCACCCCUGGUGAAUUUCAGCUGUGGGGUGCUGGCGGGAGUGAUGGCUUCCCUAGUGACGCAGCCUGCUGACGUGGUCAAGACACACAUUCAAGUGAGCCCUCACCUGUACAGGAGAACCAGGGAUGCCAUACACUUCAUUUACACAGAGCAAGGUCUCAGAGGCUUCUUCCGAGGGGCAGUGCCUCGGUCUCUGCGGAGGACACUGAUGGCUGCCAUGGCCUGGACCGUUUAUGAGCAACUGAUGGCCAGGAUGGGGCUGAAAUCCUGAAGGAGAAAUGAAUGGACAGAUGGGAAGAUGAAGGCAAGGAGGGAUGAUGGUGAUUUGAGCAGUCAGAGGAGCAAGAGUGUGGAAGAGGAGAGGAGACAUUCUCUAAGCGAAGACAUGUGGUGUAGGACAAGAAAAGUAGUAUGCUAUGGUAAAGAAAAUACUUGAAAGUGAGGUCAGGGUAGUAAAAGGAUAUUUAGAGUACACUGAGGUGUGUUUAUGUGUGUUAUGCCAUGUAACUAAUGCCCUUUGAACCUUUGCCUACAUUCCCAUUCCUCAACUGUUAAGAAGUACUCCAUUUCUGACUGGCAGACUGCAGAGCUGAGCCAUGAGAGGUCCUGCAGGUGAAAUGAUCAUAUCGACAUGGCGCCACUGUCUAGGCGGCAAUUGGUGACAGCAACGCACUUUCUGAUGCACUCCAAAGAGAGAUUAGAGAGCCAUGGCUACCUAAGUGAGCGAGUGCCGGCGAACCAGCUGAGUAACGUGGUGGCAUUACCAUGUAACCAGCGUGAGUGAGUGAAUGAAUGCAUUAACAGGUACUCUUAGACUAAUUUUGUUGACCUGGCAGAGCCGCACUGAAACACAGACAAUCAGUUGAGCGCUACAGGCUGGACAAGGUGAGGUUUACAGGACUGUGUAGCGGCUGCCCGUGAGGUCCGCCUGUACGCUGUGCUGCACACACUAUUUUUUUCUUUACGUGGAGACAGGACUGUUGUCUUCUCUAUUGCACUAUAACUAAAGACAGGACUUAUGGAGACCCGUGUGUUGAUUCCUACUGACUUGUGUUGUCACUGUCUGUCCGUGCCACUCCAGGUUUCAAUUAAGAGCGUGCAGUACAGUUAAAUAGCCUUCUCUGUAGUCCACAGUAGAUUCUGUAGCUGCCCAGGUCUUUCAGAUCACAGAUGCCUACGAUGUGUAGAAGAGGGAAGUAUGACACCAAUGGGGAGGCACUGACUUGUCUGAAAACGCACUUUAAAUACGGGGGACAGACGUUGACUAGGCAUUGCUGUCAGUUUCCUUUGACACUGCGGUGGAACAGAAGGCUGCCUUUUCCUGCCUGUGCCCAGCUAAGACGGACUAGACCACAAGUUCUUUUUUGUAGCUUGGAACAGUCCCUUUGCCUCGUUGUUGAAGGGUGAUGUAAUCCUCAUUACUGUCUUGGCAUAUACUGUUGUUAUUGUGCAUAUGUGUUCUGUACAUGUGCAGUUUUUGCUCAGAUGGACAGUGUGCCUGAGUAAAAUUCCCUUUGUAUAAAAUU